GUGCGACGCGCGUGAUACGCCCCGUUCCCUCGCUGCAGCAGCGUCUUGACACCUCUCCCUCCCACGCAGACAGCAGACAGCAGAACGCAGAACGCAGAACGCACACAAUGGAUCACUCGCACAUGGACCAUGGCCACAUGGACCACGGCCACAUGGACCACGACAUGCCCGGCAUGGACCACGGCCACAAGUGCAACAUGAACAUGCUGUUCACCUGGGACACCACCGACCUCUGCAUCGUCUUCCGCAGCUGGCACGUCAGCGGCACCUUCUCACUCAUCGUCGCCCUAAUCGGCAUCGUGCUGCUGACCGCGGGCUACGAAGCGGUGCGCGAAGCAUCUCGGCGCUACGAAGCGCACUCGAACAAAGCGCUCGAGGCCCGCAGGGGCGGCGACGACCUCAGAGAUGUGCUCACGGCCGAUGAAUCGAGCUCAUUGCUUCACCCAGGGAGACACGCAGGCAAUGCGGAGCAGCAGGCGAAGCUCGUCAAGGCUGCGCUGUAUGCGGCGCAGGUCUUCUACUCGUUCUUCAUCAUGUAAGUGCUUUCGAUGCUCUGUCACGCGUGCUUUAGGGUGUUGACGGGAUAGGUUGCUGUUCAUGACAUACAAUGGCUGGAUUAUGAUCGCGGUCGCGGUG